AUGAAAACCAUCGACGAUACCGCCCGCGAAACAGCCCGCGAAAUGGGCUACCAGGAGCCCCGAACCGACGACUCCGCAGACCCCAUGUUAAACGCGGAGAGCUCGUUCAGUGAGAUGGCGCAGAGCUCGGUGACGGAGAUGAAAACGAUGCUGCGGGAUAGUAUGACCCCGGGGGAUUUUUUGGGGAGUACGUGGGAUCAUGUGCGGUCGUUGACUGCUGGUGGGAGUGGUGGUGGAGGGGAAGGGGGUGAGGAGGGGAGGGGGGAAGAGGUUGGGGCGACGGAUCCGGAGGAGAUUCGGUGUAUUGAGAAUUUGGAACGCGAGAAGAUUAUUCAGUUUUUACAGGAGAGGCAUCGGAGUGAUCCGGCGCAUAUUAAGAAGAAGGUGUGA